AAAGGGUAUGGGGAAAUUGAUUUAGAUGAAAAUUUAGAACAUAUGAAAGAUGAUGAAAUAAACACAGUUACUCUGGAUAGCAUAGUAGAGGAUGAACAAGAGGAUGAAAUGGAACAAAAAGAUGCGCUGGUUGGAUCUACAGAAAACAUAAACCAGUAUGAUGGGACCAAAAUCAAAGAGGAUGUUCAUGAUGACCAAACUGUUGACGAUAGUGAGGGAGUCAUAGGGGAUCAAGAUGAUUGUGCCUUUCUUGAAGAUACUGGAACAAAUAAUCAAGGUGCAUAUGAUGAAAGGGCCAGUUGUGGGGUUGAGAGUAGAAUGGGAUGGGUAGAAGAAGAUUCCAGUGGUGAUGAUGAUUUCAAUGAGGAAAUUAAAGAUCAUGAUAGAACAGCAGUUAAAGAAAAGAGCAGUGAAAUGGUUUCUCAGAGUAAGAGUGACGAUUUGGUCCAGACGAAGAGCUCAAACAUAUCAGAAGACUCUCAGGAUGCUGAUUGUUCAAGUGGUGCAAUAAAAGAUAAUGUGACACUGAAAGUAUCAAGUCCAGAAGAUCAAAAAGAUAAUACGGGGAACCAAGCUUGCACAAUAGACCAAGUGUGCAGGCCAAAUAGCCCAAAUGGCUCAAAUGCUUUGAAUCAAGAUGGUAUACUAAUUAGGAAAUGCAGUCCGAAAGAGGAAUGUGAAAAUGUAGAUAAUGCUGAUAAUGAUGAAAUUAAUGAAAUAAUGGAAAAGGAAACACCAAG